AUGGCACAGGGGUACAGCAUCUUCGUCGGCCUGGUGGUCGUGGCCGCCAUGUGCGUCGGCGCGUGGUUCCUGGCGCCGAAGGGGGAGAACCAGACUACCUGGCGCUCCUCGCUCAUCCUCGCCUUCGUCAGCUGCUACCUGAUGUGGUUCAUCACGUUCCUGGCGCAGCUGCACCCGCUGAUCGAGCCGCGGCGCAGCACCGUGCGCGCCGGCUUCGAGCACGAGUGA